AUGGUGGAUCCUAGUGGAGUUGAAGCCAUGGUGGAUCCUAGUGGAGUUCAAGCCAUGCUGAAUCCUACUGGAGUUCAAGCCAUGGUGAAUCCAAGUGGAGACCAAGCUAAGGUUGAUCCGCGGCUAUCGUUUCUCCGUCGAUUCAGGAGCUCAAACAACACUGAGGAGAGUUCGUCUGUAAAAAUGGAUAAGAAUUGGAUGGAAGCUUCAAGGUCUUCAGAUGAGUAUGCAGCUGGAGUCUCCUUAUUCUUAAAAUUUGCUCUAAGAAAUGAAGAGAAAGACAGUAAGAUACUGUGUCCAUGCAAAAACUGUGGGAACAGGUUCUGGUAUGAUGUAGAAACUGUAAAUGAUCAUCUAAUCUGUACUGGUUUUAUGCCUGGAUAUAAAACCUGGUUGUUUCAUGGGGAACAAGCUGUUAACAAUGAUCUUGACACACAAUCUAGCUCUCCAGAAGAUGAUAGUAAUGCUAGAGAUGAGAUUGACCAGCUACUGUUAGAUGGGUUUGACAUGUUCAAUAGAAGUUCAUUGCAUUCAGAAAAAGAAGAAGGGAGUGAAGAUGAUAGUGAAGAUGAAGAUGUCGAAUCAUACAGGAGGUUAGUCAAUGAUGGUGGCCAGCAGUUGUACCCAGGAUGCAAGAAGUUUUCUAAACUGCAGUUUCUAGUAAGAUUGCUCAAUAUUAAAAAUGUCAGGGGAAUGACAAAUGCUGCAUUUGAAGAUAUGCUGACACUGUUCAGGGAAGCACUACCUGAAGGACAUUCUCUGCCUAAGAAAUUUCAUGAAGCAAAGCAGUACAUCAGAGGAGUUGGUCUUGCAUAUGAUACUUAUGAUGCCUGUUUGAUUGACUGCAUAAUUUUCAGAGGCAUCCAUGCCAAGGCCAAUGUCUGCCCAGUUUGCAAAACAAGCAGGUGGAAGACUGUAAGAAGUGUAGUAGGUGGGAAGAGAAUCAGUAGGGUGGCAAUGAAAGUUAUCAGGCAUUUCCCAUUGAACAAAAGAGUCAGGAGGUUGUUUAUAUCUAACAAAACAGCAUCUCUGAUGAGUUGGCACAAUGAUGGGAGAACCAAAGAUGAAGUAAUGAGGCAUCCAGCUGAUUCACCUGCUUGGAAGAACUUUGACAGCAGGUACAGGUCGUUCAGCAAAGAACCAAGGAACAUCAGAUUUGGAUUAGCUACAGAUGGAUUCAACCCUUUCAGGAAUAUGAACUUGUCUUACAGCAUCUGGCCUAUAAUUCUAAUCCCAUACAACUUCCCUCCUUGGAUUUGCAUGAAGGAGAACAACUUUAUCUUGUCUGUCAUUGUACCAGGAAGGAGAUCACCAGGUAAAGACAUUGAUGUAUACCUGCAACUAGUAAUUGAUGAGCUACAGGAGUUGUGGCACCAUGGAGUUCUGGUAUAUGAUUCUCAUUUUGGUAAAAAGUUUAGAGUCUAUGCUGCACUACUCUGGACCAUCAGUGAUUGGCUGGGCCGUGGAAUAUUGAGUGGUGAAAGCAUUGUUGUCUGUUCUCAUAGCCUCUUAGGAACUUGUUCUAGAAGGUUGAAGCAUGGACACAAAGCAUGUUUUCUAGGUCACAGAAGGUUCUUGUCAAUGAAUCAUCCAUUCGAAGUGAUGAGGAAUCUUUUGAUGGGACAAGCUGAUUUCGGGGAACCUCCGAGUGCAGCCUACAGGUGA